CAAAUGGCGGAUGACGCCGGUGCAGCGGGAGGGCCUGGAGGCCCUGGGGGCCCAGGUAUGGGAGGCCGCGGCGGCUUCCGCGGAGGCUUCGGAAGUGGCCUUCGAGGCCGCGGACGCGGGCGCGGCAGGGGCCGAGGCCGAGGCCGCGGAGCUCGCGGCGGGAAGGCCGAGGACAAGGAGUGGAUUCCUGUCACCAAGCUGGGCCGGCUGGUCAAGGACAUGAAGAUCAAGUCCCUGGAAGAAAUUUAUCUCUUCUCCUUACCUAUCAAGGAGUCUGAGAUUAUUGACUUUUUCCUGGGCACAUCCCUCAAGGAUGAAGUCCUGAAGAUCAUGCCUGUGCAGAAGCAAACUCGUGCUGGCCAGCGGACCCGGUUCAAGGCAUUUGUCGCCAUUGGGGACUACAACGGUCACGUUGGUCUGGGUGUAAAGUGUUCUAAGGAAGUAGCUACUGCCAUUCGUGGGGCCAUCAUCCUGGCCAAGCUCUCUAUUGUUCCUGUGCGGAGAGGCUACUGGGGGAACAAGAUUGGCAAGCCCCACACAGUCCCUUGCAAGGUGACAGGCCGCUGUGGCUCUGUGUUAGUGCGUUUGAUCCCUGCCCCCAGAGGCACUGGCAUUGUCUCAGCCCCUGUGCCCAAGAAGCUGCUGAUGAUGGCUGGUAUUGAUGACUGCUACACCUCUGCCAGGGGCUGUACUGCUACUUUGGGCAACUUCGCUAAGGCCACCUUUGAUGCCAUCUCAAAGACCUACAGCUACCUGACCCCUGAUCUCUGGAAAGAGACUGUGUUCACAAAGUCUCCUUAUCAGGAGUUCACCGACCAUCUUGUGAAAACCCACACUAGAGUCUCUGUCCAGAGAACUCAAGCUCCAGCAGUAGCUACAACAUAAGGGUUUUUACACAAGAGAAAUAAAAAUGAAUGAAGUCUGUCAA